AUGGAUGAAAAGAAGCCUGACCCGGGAGCCGACCAGGUCAUGACCGGCAUCUCGCACCCUUACCCUUCCUCCAGCGUCGAGGCCACCGAUGCUCAGUUCUACCAUAUCUCGGCCCAAAGGGAAGGCGAGUUAGACCAGCAUCAAGCCGUCCAGUCUGACGGGGCAGAUCAACCAGACGGCCUUUCCACCGUCACCGACCAUCAAGCUCAGCACGAGCAUCAUGAAAACCACGACCUUCAUGAACUCCAAGAGCUACAAGACCCUGUCUCGCCAAAUCAGCACGCACGACCGGGGCCUUCGCUAAGUAACGAAGAUUUGCAGCUCGCUGCCCAGUUGACCCAGGAUCUUGCCCCUGUCAUAGCUGCCGCCGCCGCUUCUCAUACCCAGGCCCAGGAAGAGCAGUUACAGGUCCCGGUUCAGGUUGAUGUGCCUGUCCAGACCGAGGAUGUAGAAAUGCAGAAUGACGCCGGUGACCCAGACCUGCAGGAACAACUCCAGGUCCAGUUGCAGAACCAUAACCACGAGCUACAGAGCGUGAUGCAGUCCCAUGCUGAACAACAGCAGCAACAACAGCAACAAGAACAACAGCAGCAGCAGGACCAGAAUCGUCAACAAGAAGAGCAGCAGCAGCAGCAGCAGUCACCUCAACAGCAGCAGCCAUCUCAAGCAUCACAGCAGCAGACCCAGCAACAGCAACAGCAACCGCAGGUUUCAGUACAGACUCACCCUCAUUAUGUCCAACAGGUAUCGCAGAUGCAGCAGGCACCUGGCCCUACGACAGCUCACCUGUCCUCUCACAUUUCCAUUGAUCAUCUCGCUGGCGCGCACCCUCAGUAUGGCGCUGCUGUCCAAGAUAACACUCCCCCACGCAAGCGUAGCAAGGUCUCCAGAGCUUGCGAUGAGUGUCGUCGGAAGAAGAUUAAGUGUGACGCUCAAUCCGAAGUGUCCGACCAGCCCUGUUCAAACUGCCGGCGUUCAUCCGCCCCAUGUCUCUUUAGCCGCGUCCCCCAGAAGCGUGGCCCAAGCAAAGGCUACAUCAAGGAGCUGGCCGACCGCAUCAACACGAUCGAAGGCAAACUGACCGGUGCUUCCGUGCCCGACCCCCUUGACAGGAGGAGGACGACGCCUGCUGACGCGUUUGGGUCCCCCAUCCCUGGUGGCGAUGAUGGGAGGAAGAGGCCGUACUCGAGCAUCUCGAGCGAGACAUUUACUCCUCCAGCAGCUCAUGAGCGACUGGCCGGUUGGGGAUCGGAGGCUAAUCGGGCGCCGGAGCAUCGGCCGAUUCGGCCGUAUCACCCGAGUUAUCCCCAUAUCCAAUCGGUGAAUGAUCUUGCGCCGAAGCCGCUGGCUAUGUCGCAGAGUCCGGAUGUGAAUGGAGUGCAACAAACGCAGGCCUCUGAGGCUGCUGCGGAUGCGACGUCCCAGGAUGGGUUGGCUAGUAAUGGCUUAUCCCAGGAGCCGCUGGAGCAAGCGAGGGAGAUUUCGGAUGUUGCUUUUGAGUGCUACCUAAACUCCGUUCAUCGGAUAUUCCCAAUCUUAGCCAGCAGGAAAGACCGCGUCCACUCUAUGCUCUCACAAUGCCCACCAGUUCUCCAAGAGGCCUUCUAUCACGCUCUUUUCGCCAUGCUCAACCCUAUGCUCCCCGAGUCAGCCGGCCGCGAGAACUGCAACUCCUUGACCUCUCAUGGUCUUCUUAACGAGUGGGAUUCCCAGCCUCGCACGGUUUCGUCGCCAGUCGCCGACCUCGUGUGCCUCCAGACGCUCAUCAUGCUCAUUAUCGAAGCGGACUACGGCGGCAUCAGUGCUGUCAAGGGUCAACGCGGUGGUCCAAAGAAGCUUUCACUUCUAGGUGAGGCGGUUGGCUUGGGCUACAUCAUGAAAUUGUAUCUUGCACCUCCUCCUGACAUCAAUCCGAGCAUGGACCUGGAUCCUGAUUCGGAGAAGAACAUCGCGCUGAGAGCGUGGUGGACGCUGGUUGCCUUGGACCGCUGGAAUGCGGUAGGUACGGCGGCGCCGAGCAUGAUCAGCUCGGAUGUGGUGGUUGCGCCGGGACUGAGGAACAUCAUGGGGGAUGUGGUUUACAAUUACACCAAAAUAUCCUUCCUGUUGACACAGUUUAUCCCCUUGUUCCUUACCUUGUCGGCGCCAUCGCCCUCGGACAUUGCAGCGCUGACGACCAAGAAGCCAUUGGUCGCAUCCCUCCUCAAUGCGCUGAUGGAAAGCUUUCGCUGGCAGUUCCCCGAUGAUCUCAUCACCCCCCCGUCUUUUGACCCAACAUUACUGCUGGCGUAUUGGCACGUACGUCUGCUAGUGGACUUGUGCUCGGGAGGAGCCAAGGCAGACUUCGCCCUUCAAGAUUGCGCCAACAUCGUCGGCAUCCUUACUGGUAACCCGGAGUUGUUGACUCCGCUCAACCAUCACUUCAUCAGUCUGGUUUCCCUGGCGUUACUAGAACUUGAAAAGCUGGAGAGGACGAGAGAUGACGCAGGCCGCUUGCUCAAGGACUUGCUGGACUACCGGGUAGCAGCCAGUCCGUGGACCGGCGUGGUGCGGGACAAGAUCAUGAGUGCCAGCUUGGUAAACAGGGAACGGAGCUCAUCAGCGGUGGUUAACGGUAACCACAACAACAAUGCCGCUGCUUCAAGCCAGUCACAAGUCCAGAGUCAACUCCAGGCUGUUCUACAAAGCCAAAGUCUAAGCCAGCCACUACAGCAGCUUGCAGACUUGGCUACUGUGGCUGCUGGGGUGGAACAGAAUGCCAACGACGCAAGUGCGGAAAACAUGGUUUCUUCCGCUGCCGCCGUAGCUGCUGCAGCUGCGGCGGUUGCGGCGGCCGCUGCAGCGCAUCAACAGCAGAAUGCUGCGCUGUCAUCUGUCAGUCCGACUGGCCAGGUUAUUCCAACUUCUCUUGAUCCCGAAGGCAAUUCUGGACAGGCUCGUGGGGAAUCAAGUGCUGAUCGGGACGUUGAUAUGGAUAUGGGAGGUCCUGCUGCUACCGGAAACAACGAGGAACGCCAUACUAACGGCGUAGAGCACUCCGAGUCUGAGCAGCAGCAGCAGCAUUUCAAGACGGAGUACAGGUCGGAUGAGGAGCAUGAGUUUAAGACUGAACCUCAGCCUGAGACCCGGCCGGAGGAUCACCAGUCUAGGCAGCAGCAGCAACAACAGCAAGCUGAGCAACAACAAGAGCCGCAGCAGCAUGUAUUGUCAGCGAGUCCGAUUGACGAAAACGGUAUUGCUGCUGGUCCAGGACAGACAGAGACCUCUACAUCCGUCCAAGAACCAGAAUCACAACAAUCAGCGGAGGGUGCACCUGCCAGGGACACUACGAACACUGCCGCCUCCGUAGCAGAGGCUGCUGCUAAUGGCACAUCCUCCACGACCGCUGAUCAAAACGCCAACAAGGAGGACGGCAUCACCCCCAACGGCACCACUUCCGCCAACCAAGCCAGCGUGACCGCUUCGCUCGCUCUCUCCCUUGGUUCUGGGUUCGGGUCUCUGGGUCUGAAUGCUACUGAGAUAUACGAGCAUUAUCAGCGCCAGCAACAGGAGUUGCAAUUGCAGAAACAGGCUCAGCAGGCUGUUCAGCAGGCUGCUCAGCAAUCGCAAUCACAACCGCAAUCCCAGUCUCAGGUUCAGCAGAACUCAUCACAGGAGCAGCAGCAACAACACCAGCAGCAGCAGCAGCAGCAGCCGUAUCAUCAACAACGGUUUGAUCCAAAAGAGGCUCAGGCUUCUUCUCAACAUCAGCCUCACCCGCCCCAAUCCCAACAGUCUCAACAGUCUCAACAAGUUCAGCAACAUCCAGCUCAAAUGCAAGCAGCAGCGCAACCGCAGCAGCCCUCCUCUAUACCCCUAUCGCAAGCUCAGGCUCAGGCUCAGGCUCAGGCUCAGCUGCAACAAGUGGUAGCGAAGCAGCAGCAACUGGUUCUUCAGACGCUGCAACAACACCAGCAACAAAUUCAAGGUCACAGAGCCAGACCGUAUGAACCGGAAGUAUUUCUGAAGGCUGGGUAUCUGGCUUGUUUUGGCGAUGACCCGGUCGGCGUGGUAGACGCUACUGGGAACGGUGUUAAUGGGUCUGGGAAUGGGUCUGGUAGCAGUGCAAGUGCGAGCGGGAGUGGUGGAAUUGGGACUGGUGGUGGUGGUGGCAAUAACAACAUUGUGAAUGGGGUUGUGAAUGGGAAUGGGAAUGGAAAUGGCAACGGAAAUGCGACGGGGAAUGGGACUUCGAAGUAG